AUGAUCUCAUCAAGAGCAGUUGUGCUCUUGGUCUUCUGCUUGUCUUUGAUUCCAAAAAGUCUGGGUUUUGUAGAACGUUCAUGGGCUGAAUCAAUUGCCUUGGCAAAUGAAACAGUCAACUUGAUGACUUUGGACGAGAAGAUCGGGAUGGUGCGAGGCGUCGGCCAGUUCAGCAGUCGCUGCGUCGGAAACAUUUCUCCUCCCUCACGCUCAUUUAUCGUCUCGGGAACUAACAUCACCAUCCCUCCGCUCUGCUUCAACGAUGGCCCCGCUGGGAUCAGACUCGGAGGAUCGAAUGUGACCGGGUUCCCUCCUGCAAUCAACGUUGCUGCUACCUUCAACCGGGAUCUAAUGUAUUCCCGUGGUGUGGCUAUCGGAGAAGAAUUCAGAGGGAAAGCAAUCUUUGUAGGCAUACAUGUCUACCUAGGCCCAGCUGUUGACAUUAUGAGAAAUCCUAAGGCUGGCAGAGCCUGGGAAGGCUUCGGACCCGAUCCGUACCUUGGCGGCGAAGGAGCCUAUCAGACCAUCAUGGGUGUCCAAAGUGUGGGGGUGAGCGCAUGCACAAAACACCUCGGGCCGUACAACCAAGAGCAUUGGAGGUAUGGGCUCAACGCGGAAGUUGACGAUAGAACCUUUCGCGAGCUCUACUGGUGGCCAUUCAUGAAGAGUGUCGAGGCCAAUGUGUCUGCUUUGAUGUGCGCCUAUAACGAAGUCAACGGAACGUCUUCAUGUCAUAAUGCUGCCCUAAUCGGUGACGAAGGAUAUUUGAGGACGGAAGGCUUCCAAGGUAUCGUUAUGAGCGACUGGGGUGCUACUCAUGACUCUGCAGCUGACAAUGCCAAUGCUGGUCUCGAUAUGGAGCAACCUGGCGACUGGAUACUUAUUGGCGGCGGUGUUUACAGUGGAUUAGAAGCUGCUGUCGACGACGGACAAGUAUCUGAGGCGAGAUUGAAUCAGAUGGUGACGCGUAUCUUAACACCUUGGCUGCGUUUGGGCCAAGACCAGGGAUACCCCGAUAUCAAUUUCAAUGCCCAAAAUCCUGACGGAACUGACUCUCUCAAUCUCAAUGUAAAUGUACGAACGGAUGCACAUACAGCUCUUGUGAGGCAAAUCGGAAGUGCCAGCGCGGUUUUACUCAAGAACAAUCGGACGACAAGUGACGGAACCGCAACGGGUACCACAAUACGUGGUCUCCCACUGUCUAAAGAUAUCAAGACUAUUGCGGUCGUAGGUCAAGAUGCGCAACAGCUCAAUCUCGACUGUGGAGGGGGUUUGAACGAAUGCAACGAUGGGACUAUGGUCAUUGGAUGGGGAUCGGGCUCAAAUAACGUCGAGUUUACAGUUCCUCCAAUUGAUGCUAUCACAGACUUCGCGCAGGGCUUUGCCACAAUCUCUUCCGAUAUCACGUCGAAUGACUUGACCGGAGGACCUGCUGUAGCGGAAGGUAAGGAUCUCGCCAUUGUGUUUGCGAACGCGAUGAGCGGGGAGCUUGGAUUCUACAACAUUGUCGAUGGGAACGAAGGUGAUCGCAAUGAUUUGAAUUUGUGGUGGAAGGGAGGAAGCUUGAUUGAAGAUGUAGCCGCCGUGUGCAACAACACUGUUGUGGUGAUACAUUCUGUUGGCCCGGUCCCGAUGAGUUCGUGGAACAAUCAUCCGAAUAUCACUGCGAUUAUCUAUGCUGGUGCUCCUGGAGAACAAACAGGCCCGAGUCUCGUCGAUGUGCUGUGGGGAGCGGUCAAUCCUAGCGGACGUUUACCGUUCAGCAUUGACGAUGAUGAAGCUUCUUAUGGAACAAGCAUUGUCUAUGGCAUAGAUCCUUUCCCUGUUCUCGAUUACACCGAAGGUCUCUUCCUGGACUAUCGAUACAUGGAUUCUCAAGGUAUCACGCCUGUCUACGAAUUCGGAUAUGGUCUUUCAUAUACAACAUUCGCGUACUCUUCGCUGUCUAUCGAAGCUUCUGCCUCUUCAGGCUCCGUCUCCUUUAUAUUGACCAACACAGGCUCUUUCGAUGGCACGGAAAUUCCACAGCUGUAUCUGGGCUUCCCAAGCUCCGCUGGUGAGCCAGAUAAAGUGCUCAGAGGCUUCGAUAAUGUGUUUCUUGCUUCUGGAGCGAAGCAAACGGUCACCAUUACUAUUUCUCAGAAAGAAAUGAGCAUCUGGGACGUCAUCAGCCAGGAAUGGGUCGUACCUAGCGGCACUUUCAAUGUCUACAUUGGUGCUUCGAUUAGUGAUAUACGCCUGACAGGCAGCUUUACGGCCUGA